AUGUCAACUGCUCCGGCUCCCGGCGCUUUGGGCUUGACAUUUACUGCCAUGCGAGCCAUGCAGGCGGUGGCGCUCAUCACCAUCAUCGGCCUGACGUCCAAUUUCAUAUCGGAAUUGGAGACGGCCCAGUAUGAAGCACCGUCGGCCCUCGUUGGUACUCUCGUCGUCUCCUGCCUCGCCGCCGUCUACGUCACCAUCAACUACAUCCUCUACUGGGACUCGAUGCUCCCGCUGCUCAUCUCGGCCGGAGCUGACAUACUCUGCCUCGUCGCCUUCAUCGUCGUCGCCUGCGUCAUCGGCAAGCCCGUCAGCUACCUCUCGUGCUCUCGAUUCUCCGACGACGGCAAAAUGGCCUGGUAUAUCCAGUCGCUCUUCCCCAACCUCGGCCGCAAGGACCGCUACUUUACCUGGGUCGACUCGCCCAAAGCGUCCUGCCUCAAGAUGAAGUCGAUCUGGGGCUUGAGCAUUUGCCUGUGCAUCCUGUUCCUCGUCUCCUCCGUCGUCUCAGCCUGCCUGUGGAAGCGCAUCAAGGGGGCCUGCUCGCGGCCCGGACCAAAGGAUAUCGAAUGA